CGCAGAAUGUAAUACAAAGACAUGUCUUUAAUUUUUGUUAAAUUAUUGCAGGACCCUUCACUUGCUCUUCAUCAAUUGAUUGUUGUUUGACGAUAACAAUGAGUCUGAUUUAAGAUUUUGGGGAGAGAGAGAGAGCAAAUGUCGAGACUGUGGGCGAAGUUUGCAGCUAUGUUCAGCAAUAGAUCGUUGGUGGGGAUGGACAAAGCAGGGAAUCGAUACUUCACUAGAACUGAAGAGCUCGAUGUGAAAGAGAAAAGAUGGGUGGUAUUCAAAGGCGAGCAAGAUCCAACUUCUGUUCCAGUUGAAUGGAUAUGCUGGCUUAAUGGACAGCGCAAAAAGGCUCCAACACCAGAGGAAAUGGCUGUGCUAGAGGCAAGGCGUGAACGUGUUCGACUAAAUGUUGCUCUUCUCAAGAAGGAAGAAGAGGAAAGGAGAGCCAAAGAAGGCAUUAGGCCCAAAGCCUCGGGCAGUGGUCCAGACUUGAAAAGUUUUAUUCAGCAAUUUCCAGGUGCUUCAGAAGGUGAUACAAUCAAAGAAGCAUCUGAUGCAAGAGGUGGCUUGAGGAGCCCCAAAGAAAUGGGAACAGAGAUUAAAGUCGCUCAUCAAGCGAAACAGCAGCCAGAGUCUUCGGAGCCUACAGGAUCUGGCGAAUCCUUCACACCCGGGACAUGGCAACCACCGAUAUGAUAAUCAUCACUCAUUGCCAGAAUUCAUGAAUAUUAUUAGCAUGAUCAUUCUCUCUAAGUUUGCAACUCCAAACCAAUCAACCAGAUUCAACUGGCUCCACCCAUUGAAAUCACUUUGGCACACGAAGAAUACACACUCUUCAGUAUUACUUA